GCGGGACAGCGGAGCGAAAGCGCUUAUUAAUUUUGGCACCAAUCACAUUCCGUACUUCCCGAAAUCGCGGUUUGGGAUGUCGGAGAAGCCUGUGCACGCGCACUUUGCCCGACAAGUAGCACUGACAGUAAUAACAAGAGUAAUCGUAAAUAUUUCAGGGGCGUAUUUCACAAGUGAGGUUCACAGGAGCGACGUUAGGAACAUUACACAUUGUUGUGUCAUUCUCGGUUAAUGAGAAAAGCUAGUGGUGUAAAUUGGAAGUUAAUUAAUAGCAAGAAACAAAAUAAGAAAUACGAGGUGUCAAGAACUUAAAUAAGUGCCAGUGCCAGCGCUGUCCCACCGAUGUGCUGUACACCAUGGAGUUCAGGGUGCGAGCCGCCACGCGGGAGGACUGCAGGGACAUCUCGCGGAUGAUAAGGGAGCUGGCUGUGUAUGAGAAGAUGCCGGACGGGAUGAAGAUUUCACAUGAAGAGCUGGAAAGAGAUGGUUUUUCCCAAAAUCCAUUUUUUCACUGCCUUGUUGCUGAGGUGCCACCGCAGCACAGGACUAAGGAAGGGUACACUUUAGUUGGGUAUGCACUGUACUUCUACACAUACAGCACAUGGGAAGGGCGCAGUCUGUAUAUGGAAGACUUCUAUGUGAUGCCAGAGUUCAGAGGAAAGGGUAUCGGCAAGGCACUGAUAAGCAAUGUGGCUCGGAUUGGCAAGGAGCACCAGUGUGUGCGUCUGAAUUUUUCGGUACUGUCCUGGAACACUCCUGCCAUCAACUUCUAUUUAAACAAGGGUGCCCAGGACCUGACAACCAGCGACGGUUGGCACUGCUUCCGAUUUGACAGAGAGGCGCUGGACAAGUUAGCAGAAGAAGCAGUCAAACAGUAACACUGCCCGUUCCCCUCUUUGAGCCAUUUCUACAUAGAAAAUUAAUAAAAAUUCCAUAGGGUUUG